AUGGUCGUCCACGUUGGUUCAAGACUUGUCCGAUCUUCAAAAAGAUUUGUUAUCCAGCUUCUCCUUGACUACCAUUUGCCGCCUGAGGUUGAACUUGGUUGUCUGAUGACUUGUGAGAUAUAUGGCAAUCAGCUUGAUAGUUGUCGCACUAUUGCCAAUCGUGAUCGUGGGAUUGAUGUAGGGACCAAAGCGGAUGCUGGAUCGACGCCGCUUGUUGAAAUUGCCUUGUUUGUCCGAAGAAAUUCACGUCCUGAGUAUAGCCGACGCAGCAGCGGCAGCGAUUCACACGAAGAUCAACACGAUAAAUACGCCCUUGGCUUCUUUGAGAGUCACUCGAGAGAGAUAGGUUCGGACCGUUUGGAUAUCAGGCGCAAAUUCUCAAGAGCACCGGAUUUUGCCGCCAAGGAACCAGAUCAAGCAAAGACGGAAUUCUCCAUUCCUCCAAGCGGAAAUGAUUCCUUGAACACCCCGGUUUCGCCUCCAAGAAACCAGGAUCAAGCUGAAGACGGGAUUCUCCACUUUCCCGUGCGGAAAAACUUCCCUUGCCACAGGAAAAUUUUUCCAAGCCGCCAAAGGCUGGCAGUAACCAUCACUGGCACCACCCGCCAAAAGAAGGACAACCCCAGCUUCAGGAAUCCCCAAAGCAAAGGCAAGGGAAUGAACGGGGACUUACAUGGCACACUGAACUACAACCGGUGGGAGAUCCAGAAUAUGAAGAGCAAUGGGGAUAGCGAGGACGGUACAGCCGGUGGUGGGGAGGGGAACACCGCUCUGGUUGCAAGGGUAUUGCAGGAACACCAUCCACAUGAGUUGGAACUGACUGAAGACAACCUUGAGAAGGAAUGA